AUGAAGGAUAUCGGCACUUAUAUCGAAUCCAGUAUCGCUGAUAAGACCAUGUGCGGAAAAAUUACAGAUGACCUUCUCCUGAUCCAGAAGAUUCAGCAAAGGCUUCUAAUAGAGUCGUCUGGAAUGUUUCUAUGGGUAUAUCUCCAGCUGGAGAUCCUCUGGGACACAUGCCACACAGAUGCAGCAAUACGGUCAGCAUUAUCUGCGCUACCAAGAGGCCUUGAAGAGACAUAUAGCUGUUGUAUCGAGAGGAUAAAUCAAAAGGACAACCGGGCUCUCAAAGUACUCAAAUGGGUUAGCUUUGCCACAAGACCACUUCACAUCGAAGAAUUGCGAGAGGCGGUUGCCUUUGGCUCAGAAGACCUAGCAUGGAAUGCAGAGAAGGUUCCACGCCAGGAAUUUGUUAUCGGCUGUUGUGCAAACCUUGUCGUUGUGGAUGCGACUGAUUACCAUGUGCGCUUUGCACACUCUUCGGUAGAACAGUACCUUGAGAAGGGCCGAGAAAGGAAAAUUAUGCCAUGGUAUCCAACGACAGCACAGGGUGUGUUAGAGUGUGGGGAGUUCUGUCUCACUUAUCUCUCCUUCUCGGACUUUAGUCUUCAACUAAGCAUGCAAAGGAACGAGAAAGCCGCAGUCGCUGUUUCGCCUCCAAUUUUACUUGCGCAACAGACCCUCCCUAGACUUCUCACCAGAAAAUUCUCGCAAUGGCCUCGGAAUCAGAAGCCUUCCAUCUCCGUCCAAUUCCGUGAAAUACGCACCUCAUCAAAGCCAAAUCGGAUGCAGUACAAGUUCCUUGCUUACGCAGUUACAAAUUGGGCUUUGCAGACCAAAAAGAUACGUCUUAAAUCAUCAUCCUGGUAUAAGUUCGAACAACUCGCAAUGUGUUUCAAUGAGACUUGGAAUUUCCACCCUUGGACCCCUGGUGGCCGUUCGUUUUCCUCUCAUCUUCACAGUCUCUUCGGAUGGGCGGUAAAGGAACAACAUAAACCUCUCCUCCUCCCUGCCCUUCAUGUCGCGGCAAAGCUUGGGUAUAAAGACAUAGUUGAGAUUCUCCUAGGUUUCUGCAAAGUAAACAUGCCUGACCUAGAAGGAUAUACUGCCUUGCAUCAUGCAGCAAGCAAAGGUCAUAUUGAACCCUGCAAGCUGCUUUUAAAAGUAAAGCUGACGAAAAUGCACGCUGCAUCAAAAUCACAAUGCACACCACUCUGGCUGGCUGCAAGUAACGGACAUGAGGAUGUUGUGUCGUUCCUUACUAUCCUACCGAGGGAACAGAAUAUUGAGGCAGAGGACACUUUAUUUCAACAGACACCUCUCUCACGAGCUGCACAAAAUGGACAUACUGCAGUAGUUGAACAUCUACUUAGAAACGGUGCUCAGUUAGAGUCGAAAGAUGCGGAUGGCCGCACAUCUCUAUGGUGGGCCGUAGAAGGAUGGCAUGAGGCGACAAUGAAAAUGCUGCUCGGAAAAGGUGCCAAAAUAGACAUAGAAGAUUUUGAUAUACAGACUUUGCUACUGUGGGCGACGGAAAAUGGACAUAAGGCGAUUGUCAGUUCACUUGUCACCAAAGUUUUGGAAUCCAACUUCGCGGAUCAUGAUGGUCUGGAACUACUCAUAUGGGCUAUAGAACAUGGUCAGGGGACUGUGGCAAAUAUUUUACUUGACAACGUGUCAAUAUUGAGUGGAAAAUUGUCAUGGGUCAACCACCUCUCUCAUGGGCUGCAGAAGGAGGUUAUGAGGGUAUGGUGA